AUGUCUUCAGGUUCCAAUGGCGCCAGGCGCGUAGCCUCGAUACUGCGACCCUCAAUCGCCGAACAGCGCGUGUGCAAAAGCUGUCAAGAGACACUUGUCCGCCGCAACUAUGCCUCCGCCGCAACGCCCAUCUCCCCUAAACCCUCUUCCUCAGCCUCCACUACAUUCCCCGUCGUGGGCCCGACCUACACCAUCAACGCAGGCGUGCUCCUGUCCCGCCCUCCCCAGAUCACACGCGACCUCACCGAUUUCGAGAAGGCGUACUACUUCUACCAGAAGCGUCUAAACGAGCGACUGGCGCUUCCCUUCACAAAAUACUUCUACUUCAAGCGCGGAACGCCCCUAGACGAGGACUGGAAGCGUAAGGUCCGUGAGCGCCAGACCGCCGCGCGUGAUAUCGGCAAAUACAAUGCGUACGGCCAGGAGGCGUGGAACGAUGAACUGCUUGUCGGAGCGAAGGAGUCAGAACCGGAGUACAUCGCCGAAGCGCUGAUCUCCGAUGCUGAGAGCACAGCCAACAACACGUCGCAGGACACUAGCAAGCAAGAGAGCAUUCCUAGGCCGCACCCCCGAGUAACAGAGGCGGAUAAGAAGGGCGACACCCAGAGUCUGGACCGGGCUCUGCAGAGGACCCUCUACUUGCUUGUCCAGUCUAAGGAGGGAUACUGGAAGUUCCCCAGCUCUCCUGUUGCGGCGGAUGAGACUAUUCGAUUGGCCGCUGAGCGUACCCUCGAACAGUCCGCCGGUGUCAACAUGAACACCUUCAUGGUCGGAUACCACCCCGUCAGCCACUACGUGUACAACGCCCGUAAGCCCAAGACUGACGAGACGACCGGCGUCACCCUUGCUGGAGAGAAGACAUUCUUCAUAAAAGGACGCAUCAUGGCCGGCCAGGCGGAUCUUUCUGCCAACACGCAAAACCUCCAGAACUUCAAAUGGCUUGCCAAGGAGGAGAUGGCCAAGUAUCUCCUGCCACCGUACUAUGCUGCUAUCAAGAACGCACUCGCCGACCGGUAA